UUCAUUUGUAUGCGAUUCGGCUGAAUAGUUGCGAGUGCGCUUACGCAUUGUGCAGCUGUCAUUUUUAAUGCCGUUCUUUUUGUCUUUACGCAUGGAAGUCCCCGAAACUGUGCCUGAACCAAUGAGUAAGCCUUAACGAUCAAACAUUUGUAAUAUGAACUUACUGCCAAGUGGGAUAUGUUUCUCUCUGUGUGUGACAAUCUUCUGGUUUGCAUCAGAGGUGGACGCUUCUUGGUGGCACAUGGGUACCCUGGGCUCGCAAGUGAUGUGUGACAACAUCCCCGGACUAGUUAGCAAGCAGCGCCAGUUGUGUCGCCAGCAUCCUAAAAUAAUGCAGGCGAUUGGGGUCGGAGUGAAAGAGUGGCUUGGUGAAUGCCAGCAUCAGUUUCAGAACCAUCGCUGGAAUUGCAACACUCUGGCUCGGGACCAUAACGUUUUCGGGAAACUUCUCCAUCGAAGUAGUCGUGAGGCGGCCUUUGUGUAUGCGAUCUCCUCUGCGGGCGUGGUGUACACGCUGACGCGGGCCUGCAGCCAGGGGGAGCUGGACUCGUGCUCGUGCGACCCCACUAAGAAGGGCUCCUACUCGGACGCCAUGGGCAGCUUCGACUGGGGCGGCUGCAGCGACCACGUGGACUACGCCAUCAAGUUCACGCAGGCCUUCGUAGACGCCAAGGAGAAGAAGGAGAGGGAUGCACGUGCACUCAUGAACCUUCAUAACAACAGAGCGGGACGCAAGGCGAUAAAGCGCUUCAUGAAGUUGGAAUGUAAGUGUCAUGGCGUGAGUGGCUCCUGUAGCGUGCGCACCUGUUGGCUGGCGAUGGCGGACCUGAGGCAGACGGGGGACUACCUGCGGAAGAAGUACAACGGCGCUGUGCAGGUGGUCAUGAACCAGUACGGCACCGGCUUCACCCAGGCCCUACGGAGACUCAAGAGGCCCACCAAGAACGACCUGGUCUACUUCGAAGACUCCCCCGAUUACUGCAUACGGGACUACGAAUCCGGUUCGGCGGGCACAGGUGGGCGUGUGUGCAACAGGACGUCUCGCGGCGCCGACAGCUGCGAGGUCAUGUGCUGUGGGCGUGGCUACGACACGUCGCGCGUCAGCCGCACCACCAAGUGCGAGUGCAAGUUCCACUGGUGCUGCGCCGUGCACUGCCGCGACUGCCACGAGGAGGUCGACAUCCACACCUGCAAAGGCCCUUCGUGA